AUGUACGGUUUUGAGGCUCUCACGUUCAACAUUAACGAUGGUUACCUGGAGGCGAUCGUGCGAGGGUACCGGUCAGGGCUGCUGACAGCCGCUGAUUACAACAACCUGUGCCAGUGCGAGACGCUAGACGACAUUAAGCUCCACCUCACGGGGACGGACUAUGGAGGCUUUUUACAAAACGAGCCGUCUCCGCUGCAUACGACGACUAUCGUCGACAAGUGCACGCAGAAGCUGGUGGACGAAUUCGACCACAUGCGCUGCCAGGCCACCGAGCCUCUCUCCACCUUCCUCGACUACAUCACUUACGGCCACAUGAUCGACAACGUGGUGCUCAUUGUGAGCGGUGCGCUACACGAGAGGGACGUGCACGAGCUGCUGGAGAAAUGCCACCCGCUCGGCAUGUUUGACAGCAUCGCUACCCUAGCUGUUGCUCAGAACAUGAGGGAGCUGUACCGCCUGGUGCUGGUGGACACACCCCUUGCUCCCUACUUCUCUGAAUGCAUCACCUCUGAGGAUCUGGACGACAUGAACAUUGAGAUCAUGCGGAACACCCUUUACAAGGCGUACCUUGAGGACUUCUACAAGUUCUGCAAGCGUGUGGGGGGGGCAACUGCAGAGAUCAUGUGUGACCUUCUUGCCUUCGAGGCAGACAGACGUGCUGUCAGCAUCACCAUCAACAGUAUUGGCACUGAGCUCACUCGAGAUGACCGAAGAAAGCUCUACUCCAACUUUGGCCUCCUUUACCCGUAUGGUCAUGAAGAGCUUGCUAUCUGCGAAGAUUUUGAUCAGGUGCGGGCAGCCAUGGAGAAGUACCCUCCGUAUGCGGCCAUCUUUGCCAAGCUGUCAUUUGGGGAGAGCCAGAUGCUGGACAAGGCGUUCUACGAGGAGGAGGUCAAGCGCCUCACACUCUCGUUUGACCAGCAGUUCCACUAUGGUGUGUUCUUCGCCUAUGCCCGGUUGAGGGAGCAAGAGAUUCGCAACCUGAUGUGGAUAUCGGAGUGUGUGGCUCAGAAUCAGAAGUCUCGCAUUCACGACGGCAUUGUCUUCAUAUUCUGA